AUGUUAAAUGAACAAGGAUUACAAGAAGAAUCCUCACUUUAUGAUCCAGAAUAUGAAGAUGAAGAUGUUAUGAAAUAUUUAAUUAAUGUAAGAAAUGAAGCAAAACUUAUCUCAAGUAAUAGGAAUAGUAAAAUUACUGAAUCAAAUAUUAAUGAUAAUAUUAGUGAUAAUGCUAGUUUAAAUUACUUUAGAGAAUUUGAAGAUAUCAUGAAUUAUACAAUUAGCGAACAACUUUUAGAUAUCAGAAAUUCUAAUAAUUAUUUACAAUGGAAAUAUAAUACAAUCAAACAAUUCGAAUAUAUAAAGUCUUAUAUCCAAGAAUUAUAUACUAUAAAUUCCCGAGAUGAUAUCAUUGAUGAAGAAGAAUGGCGUUCCAUCUAUAAUCAAAAUAAGAAAUCGAAAUUAUCACUUGGAAAGUGGAAUUCACAUAAUUGGUGUAACUUACUAGAAAUAAUACUACAAGAUAUUGAGAAUAUAGAUCACUUUAUAGUAAAUUGGAAUAUCUUAUCUUGGAUAUUUACAUGCUUAGCAGCUAUACAUGAAGUUGAUUCUUAUCAUUCACAAGUAACAUUUAAUAUGCAAAAAAUUAAGAGAUACUUGGAAAGUAUCACCUAUAGAUUACCUGUUGAUGAAAUACUUGCUGUAGAAGCUAUCCUUAUUAUUAUAAAAAAUUUUUAUAAUCAAAGGUAA